CCGCGAGAGAGCUCGUUGAGUAUCAACCCUAGAGGUCGCGAUAGUUUUUACAGUUAUAUUCCAAUAUUUUUUUAAGAUUUUCAAACAAAACAUGGCCAAAAAGCCAGGGACAACUCAGGCUCUCCACAAAGUCAUAAUGGUUGGCAGUGGAGGCGUGGGAAAGUCAGCCUUAACACUUCAAUUUAUGUACGAUGAGUUCGUGGAGGACUACGAGCCGACGAAGGCCGAUUCAUACAGGAAGAAAGUUGUCCUUGACGGUGAGGAAGUACAAAUUGAUAUACUGGAUACUGCUGGACAAGAGGACUACGCUGCUAUAAGGGAUAAUUACUUUCGAAGUGGAGAGGGCUUUCUCUGCGUUUUCUCCAUCACCGAGGAUGACAGUUUUCAAGCGACUCAAGAGUUUAGGGAACAAAUUCUAAGAGUGAAAAACGAUGAAAACAUUCCCUUUUUAUUAGUCGGUAACAAGAGUGAUCUCCAGGAGAAGCGAAAAGUCAGUCUAGCAGAGGCUCAAGCCAGAUCUCAACAGUGGGGUGUACCUUACGUCGAAACAAGUGCAAAGACUAAAGAGAAUGUGGACAAGGUAUUCUUUGAUUUAAUUCGAUCAAUCGCAACGCGCAAAGCGCGAGAGAAUCAAAUUGAGGGAGCCGAACGUAAGAAUAACAAACGUUGUUGCAUUCUCCUCUAACAACACCCGGAAUAAGCUUUUAUUAUCGUUUCAGACAAAGUACGUUAAAUAUAAUUACAUAUACAUACAUAUAAAUAUAUAUUUUUUUCAUAUUAUUUAAAGAAAAAAAAGAACAUUGACGAAACAUCCUCAUCCUAUUCAAUUAUGUAUGUAUGCGACAUGAAUGAAUGUGAAAGAAUGAGUGAAUGUGUCCACUCGAAUGUGCUUGUAAACAGGUAUUUGCAAUAAUUUACAGUGAGAGUUGAUCCUCAUCUCCAAACAUACGCGAGGGACCUAUCGAAAGAUUCAAGAUUUGAUAUUCAAAAUUCAAUCGUUUAACGAUGUACUUCAUUAUUUUUUUGUAACAUUUGCUAUUGAAGACUUCACGUGCGGUGGAUUAAUUGAAUUACGUUCGAAAAAAUUUAUCGAAAAACCUAGAGAAUUCUGUAGGAUUUCUGUUGAACUUUCUGUUAGUUUUUGGAGGAUUCUACAAAGAAAUCCCUUUUUUUCUAGUGUUUCUUCAAUAGAAAUGUUCAAUGGAAAAUAUUCCACAAACAAAAUUAAUACAAUUAAGUUUUCCUUCGGCUCAAUUUUUGUCAAUUUUUUGUUUACGAUUUUUAAAAAGGAAAAGAAAAAUAUAGUGAAAAUAACUAGAAAAUUCGAAAAAAAAUUAAAAAAUGCGCUGUGAAGAAAAACUACUAGAAUUUUCAGUGGAAAUUCGACAGAAUUUUCUAUCAAUUUCGCCAGGUUUUUUUGUAAAUAUUUUUCGCGCGUGAUCUGUGGAGAAGUGAGAGAACAAAAUGAAUACAAAGCAGUCGACAUUUAUGUACCUAUUAUCACCAAGCGUUAUCCGUAAAUUUGCCUUUUCGUGUAAUCGAAGGAAACACUUCGCAAAUACUCACUUUUUCGUUGUAAAGCUUGUGAACCUAGCUAACUUCUCAUUUUUGUAUAUAUUUUGUAUGUCUUUAAUACACAGUUAAAUAAAUAAAUGGUCACAACAA